CAAACGACUGGAACGCAGAAGAGGAAGAGUCAUUGAACGAGUUCAACCUUGAAUAUGAAAGUUUCUCGGCUGCUUUGUUCACUCCUGCGUUUGGUCACAUUUUGACUCUGAUUUUAAAAUCGCUAUACUCAUAGUUAGUUAAGGUUUUAAUUGUUGUUAGUCACCAAAAAAAACAGUCUUUACCAUGACAUUGUGCCGAACAGUCUUCACGGUGCUCCGGCAAAUAGAGCCGUUGAUCAUGCUCGAGCAGCUGGGCAGCACUCUCUUUGACACUGCCCUGCAGAUGGUGGUCAAGGACCGGAGUGAAAACGCCACUUACACCGACACUCAUCUCUCCAGGGAGGAGAGCCAGCAGAAAGCAAUGACUGAUUUUUACAUGAUCUUCAACCUCAUCGUCAAGCUGACACCGAUUUUACCUGCGCUACUCCUGGCAAGGUUAGGCGACCGCGGCUGGAGGAGAUUUCCUAUCAUGGUGCCCCUUAGCGGGUACCUGAUGUCCAGGGUCAUGCUGCUGUUGGUGGUCAUCCUCCGGCUCCCGUUGGAGGUGAUGUUCGGCGCGGCGGUGCUGUUCGGACUUUCGGGUGGGUUCUGCGCCUUCUGGCCAGGUGUGAUGACGCUGGUAUCGCUUGACUCCACCGCAGAUGACCGGACCAAGGUGAUGAUGAGAGUGGAGCUGCUGUAUGGGGCAACAGGUUUGGUGGGCAGCCUCAUCUCAGGUCAUCUCUUUCUGCUGUACAGCUCCAAUCUGGGAAAUGGAACGGUCUUGCUUGUUGUGAGCACACUUGUGCAUCUGCUCUGCCUCCUACACUCCAUAUUCCUGUUACAGAUAAAACAAAAGUCCAAAAAUGAGAUGGAGGAGGACUACCAUCUCAUGUCUCCUGACUCCAGUGAUGGUCCUGUGGAGGCUCCUGUUGUGAUAAACAAGGUGAAUGUGGCCUUGUUGUUUGUGGCUGCAGUCCUGUACCUCUGUGCUGUGGGUGGAGCCAUAGAGAUACUGGGCAUCUAUGUGCUGAAGGAGCCCCUGAGCUGGACUGCAACACAGGUGGGUUAUGGAAAUGCAGCAGGCUGCAUGAUUUUCAUCACCAGUUACAUCGGUGUCAUUGUCUUCCGUCGCUGUGUCAGUGAUGUGAUGCUCAUCCUAAUCGGCAUGAUAUCAUUCGCCUCUGGAAUUUACUUCAUGUCCUUUGUAACAUCGACCCACACCUUCUACCUCGCUCGCUCACUCAACCUGUUUGCUCUAAUCCCGUUGCCAACUAUCAGAGCUCUGCUCUCACAGCAAGUUUCAGCAUCCUCGUGUGGCACCACUCUCACUUUCCUGCAGCUUGCUCUGAAGUUUGCUGGUCUGGCAUACAUCCCUGCCUUCACUAAGAUCUAUCAGGGAACCCUGAGCUGGUUUCCUGGGUUUGUCUUUACACUUGCCAGCAUCUUAACAGUCCUGGGAAUGAUACCCAUCAGUAUCUUUGGCUGUAGAUCACCUCAGAGGCAACGGCACAAUUAGACUCAGGCAGAGUGAUGUUACUGACAUCAGUAGAGGGUGUGUGUGAGAGCGUCUGUGUGGGUACGAGGCAAACAAGGACUGAGACAUGAAAUAGGCUAAUGUGUAACUGGGUCUGAUCUCAGUAAUAACAUGACUAAACUAAAGCAAAAAAAAAAACUAAAAAAACAUCAGGAGGAAGUUACACUUUUGCUGUCAAAAGGGACUAAAUACAAGCUUUAUGAGAACUAUGCAUGUUUGUAAAUACACAGGGAACACGGCAAUCAAAUAUGACAACCAAACCUGACCAGAAGUUUUGAACUGUUGAACUUUUGAGAUCAUCCACUGACAUUUUAUUUUCUGAUGUAUGCAGGUAAUGAUAGUUACAUUUUACAGUUUUCUACGGGGAUUUACUCUUUGGUUGUUGCAUUGUUUGAGUCUGAGCUGUGUACACCUGAAAUGUUUAAGUAAUUUAAAAUUGAUUGUUUUCAAACAUUGUAAUGUCAUCCAAACCUAGCUUACAAGUGGCUGCUCCCACGCCACCCAACUGACUCAGAGUCACUCUAACAGUAAAGACAUAAAAACUCUCACGCAGUUGUUUAAUUGUUCACUUGGCUGAUGUAACCAAACAUUCUUUUUAGUUUCACAAUUUGCACUGCUUUUACAUCAGUCAUCAUGGGGACAUUUUGAGGUAAUUACAUACAAACUGUUGCUUUUGAGAAUAGAAAUUCUUUGUAAAUACAAGAUGCACUUUAGUGUUCAUUGUUGAAUGCUUACUGCUGAACCUGUAGAUCAGGAUAGGCUGACAGUAAAAGAAGAAACACUGGUGUUGACAUUGGUGUUUCCAGGAUUUUCUUCCUCUUUAUUUUGAUAUAUUUUUUUACCACUUUUGCUGAUUUUUCGAACCUACAUUUUUCUCACUUCCUUUUCCUCAAACACUGUUCAGAAAGUUUUCAUGUCAUUAACAUUUGUUCAUAUUUUGUUUUAUCAAGGCUUAAUGGUAAAUUCAUUUAAAUUUAUUUGAACUUGUUGUAUCAACAUGGUUCUGAAUGUGUUCUAGAUGCACUGUAUGCAUUUGUUCACCUUGUAAAUGUUUUUGUUUUUUAUUACUGUUUGUAACUUAAGAUUGUAUUUGGUCUGAAAGCACUUUGAAUCUUUUACAAAGUCUAUGUUUAAUAUAUGAAAGGUUGCUUGUUUGUAGGGCUGGAUAGUAAAUCACAAUUUUAUAUUAUUGCAGUAUGUACUUUUGCAAUAAACAUAUUACAAAGGUCUGAAUUUACUGCAAUUAGUAAAAGAUUUUGUUAAACAAGCAAUGCUGUUUCUUUCAGCACAUGUACUUUUUAUAUGCCUUCACAUCAUUUCCAUGUAAUCACCUGAAACCCUUGCUAUCAGCUUACCAUGGAGUAAUUGUGCACUUUCUUCUGAAAAUUAUUUUAACUCUUAGCUUCACAAGAAAAAUGGGCUUGUUUUGAUGGGCUCUUCAUUAGUUUAUCUGCAUAUCAUGGUCACAAUACCAAAAACAGUAUUGCACAGCACAUUUUUGCCCGUAUAGUGCAGGCCUAAGAUAAAAAAAAUAGACGUCAGAGUUCAUAUUAAAUAAAUUCUGACUAAGAGAUUCAAUGUUAAUUUUCCAUAGUUAAGCCUGCAGAAACUCACUGCAUUUACAGUUGAAACCAGAAGUUUACAUACACUAUAUAAAAAGGCACAUAAACUUUUUUUUCUCACCAUCU